UGCCCACCCUGGCCCUGCCUCCCUCCGCCUAUGAGAUGAUUUGAUGUGUAUAAAUACAGCAUCUCUUUGCGUUUAUUUAUUCACCAUACUUUUACUUCAUUAUUUGCUUAAUCAUCCAACAAGAUAAACUUUAGAACUUUGAUUUUCAAAAUCGUUUCUAGAUCCUAUUCACCACCAAUGGCAGUUCCAGUGCUUUUCUUCCUCACUUUGGCCACCCUCUUCCUCUCUGGGGCUCAUUCGGCUACAUUCACAAUCACAAAUAACUGUCCAAACACAAUAUGGCCGGCGACACUGACCGGCGGUGGCGGCGCUCAAUUAUCUACCACCGGGUUUGAGUUAGCUUCGGGAGCAUCAUCACCUAUCAACGUCUCAGCUCCUUGGUCAGGCCGGUUCUGGGCCCGAAGUUUCUGCUCCACUGACUCCACUGGAAAAUUCACCUGUCGAACUGCAGACUGUGGCUCCGGUCAAAUAGCUUGCAACGGUGCCGGAGCAAUACCGCCGGCGAGCCUAGUAGAGUUCACUCUUGCCGCCGCAGGUGGACAAGAUUUCUACGACGUCAGCCUCGUAGAUGGGUUCAACUUGCCUGUUUCGGUGACUCCACAAGGUGGCUCAGGUGGCUGUAAUUCGACGGCUUGCCCGGUCGAUGUGAACGCAUAUUGUCCGCCGGAGCUGGCUGUGAGGUAUGAAAAUGGGGCUGUGAUUGCUUGCAAGAGUGCAUGUUUGGCUUUCAAUCAGCCGCAGUAUUGCUGCACCGGCAUGUUUCGGUCGCCCGAGACUUGCCCGCCGUCGGAGUAUUCCAAGUUUUUCAAGAGCAAAUGCCCACAGGCUUAUAGUUAUGCAUAUGAUGAUAAAACUAGCACUUUAACUUGUACUGGUGGAGCUAAUUACUUUGUAACGUUCUGUCCAUGAGACAUAAAAUGGGGAGAAGAAGCAUGCAGUUUUACUAACUAGUGUUAGUGGUAGUACCACGUAUGCUUGGUUUGAGUUAGUGGUGGUUUGUUUGUUACUUGCUGUUAAUUUUAUUUCCAUAGGUGCAUGUUUACCAUUUCCUUUCGGCUAGGAUUCACGAUAUUAGGAAUUCUGUGUUUUAUGAGGCUAUUUAAUAGCCAUG